CCAACUGAGAGUAGCACUCGAGAAGGGAUAACACUAUAACAGAAGGCUGCGAAAGCAGAGAGAAGCCAGGCUCCAACCCUCCUUCCGUGAGGCCGCGAUUUCCGUCAGUGAGCAACGUCUCUGCUAUUGCGAUCUCUGGUCCUACGUCCAACAUCUCACUAGUCGCUCAUCAUUCAUCUCUGUUCUCUAUAUUCUAAACGAGGUUCAGUUGGGCCGCAGCGGAACAUGUUGGAACCAGGAGAGCGAGAGAAUAUUGAACCUGUUAAAAUGGAUGCAACAAUUACUACCCUAGAACCCGACUGUGGCGGUGGUGGCGGUCUCUGUAUUCCUGGGAAGGGUCGAGUUGUUUUUAGACAACCGGAGCGCAAAUCACUCCUUGGGCUGGAUGUGCUGGCAUGUGCAAAAAGAGAAAGAUCUACAAUUGAUCAAUCAUUUAAAGUCCCAAGAGAAAAAGCAGCUUCCGUUGUGUCAGCUAUAGAUGAAUACGAAGAGACUUCAACUGUGACUGGAGAAUUGGAAGGUGGUUCAUCGGGUGGUUUGUGCAGUCACACAAGUAGGCGUUAUCGUGAUAAUGUUUCUAGUGAGCAUUCUGUUUCAGGUUCUGCUGUUACUGAAGGACGAGAGACAGAAACACUCUCAAGGCCUCACCUUGAUGAACACCAUCAGGUUUCAAAAUCAUCUACGGGAAGAUCAAGGACAAGUUCUUGGUAUGAUUCUGAACACGAAAGGGAAAGCAAAUACCAUGAUGCUUAUAGGAGAAAAAGUAGAGACACUCGGAGAGACAGCGAUCAUGGUGAGGAGUAUCGGCACAGGGAAUCAUCACGUAAUUUUCGAAAUGAGUACAAUGAUGACAGCAGGAGAAAAAGAACUAGACAUGAAAGCCCCAGGAAUACACAUGGAAGAUCUAGCUGGGAUGAUGGCAAAUGUGAGUGGGAUGAUACACCUCGCCGGGAUAGUUCCUCUUAUAGUAGCAGGCGGCGCCAUGAUCCUUCACCAUCACCUAUGUUUAUUGGAGCCUCACCGGAUGCACGAUUGGUUUCCCCAUGGCUGGGAAGCCAUACACCUCGUUCUGGAGCUGCUUCUCCUUGGGACAGCGUAGCUCCAUCGCCAACUCCUGUACGAGCAUCAGGCUCUUCUGUAAGGACGUUAGGAUCUCGAUAUGGUGGGAAAUCCAAUCGGGGUUCUGAAUCUACUAACACUGCUGUGUUGUCUGAGGAAGGAGAUGGCAAAGUAAGCAGGUCAGAAGACAGCAAUCAAGAGAUCUCUGAAAGUAUGCGUAUGGAGAUGGACAACAAUUCUGAUCGUGCAUGGUAUGAUAGAGAAGAAGGGAGCAGCGUGUUUGACAUGGAUAGGUCAUCACUGUUUUUAGGUGAUGCAGCAUCUUUUCAAAAGAAAGAGGCUGAGCUGGCUAAAAGACUUACUCGGAAGGAUGGCACAAAGAUGUCACUUUCUCAGAGCAAGAAGCUAUCACAGCUAACUGCAGACAAUGCACAGUGGGAAGACCGUCAGCUUCUGAGAUCAGGAGCUGUUAAAGGCACUGAGGUGCAAACAGAAUUUGAUGAUGAGGAUGAAAGGAAGGUUAUCCUCCUAGUCCAUGAUACAAAACCCCCCUUUCUGGAUGGAAGAAUUGUCUUCACAAAACAAGCUGAACCAGUAAUGCCAAUCAAGGACCCUACAUCAGAUUUGGCCAUAAUAUCUAGGAAAGGCUCAGCUCUUGUUCGUGAAAUACAUGAAAAACAAAGUAUGCAUAAAUCUCGUCAACGGUUUUGGGAACUUGCUGGAUCAAAACUUGGUGAUAUCUUAGGGGUUGAAAAAACAGCUGAACAGAUUGAUGCAGAUACUGCUGCAGUGGGUGAACAAGGUGAGGUUGAUUUCAAGGAAGAAGCUAGGUUUUCACAGCACCUAAAGAAAGGGGAAGCAGUGAGUGACUUUGCGAAGUCCAAAACACUCUUGCAGCAGAGGCAGUAUUUGCCCAUAUUUUCUGUUCGUGACGAGUUUAUGCAGGUUGUUCGAGAAAAUCAGAUUGUGGUAGUUGUCGGAGAAACUGGUUCAGGGAAGACUACACAAUUGACCCAGUGCUGCAAAAUUUGCAAGGCUGGGGCUUACUUAGUGCUUAGUCAGGAAUUAACAGGAGUCAGACGGGGUAUAAAUAAAUUUGGCAUGGCCUAGCCGGAAAUAAACACCUUGACCCCAGGGAGCAGUUAUCGCCUAGGCGAGGCAUUAAUUGGGGCCAUGUGGGAUUUUUACAGCAGUGGCUUGAGAUAUCAAAUUUUGGCAUAUUUUCUUCUUGUUCCGUAUGUGACGACUGAUGAAUGUUUGCAGUACCUACAUGAAGAUGGCUACACAAAGAAUGGGAUAGUUGGUUGCACCCAACCUAGGCGUGUAGCAGCUAUGAGUGUUGCAAAGAGAGUUAGUGAAGAAAUGGAAACUGCGCUUGGGGAUAAAGUAGGAUAUGCCAUUCGUUUUGAAGAUGUGACUGGGCCAAACACUGUUAUCAAGUACAUGACAGAUGGUGUGCUUCUACGGGAGACGCUUAAGGAUUCUGAUCUUGAAAAAUACAGUGUCGUUGUGAUGGACGAAGCACAUGAGAGAUCAUUAAACACUGAUGUGCUGUUUGGCAUACUUAAAAAAGUUGUUUCUCGGCGUCGUGAUUUUAAGCUUAUUGUGACGUCUGCCACGCUGAAUUCACGGAAAUUUUCCGACUUUUUUGGAAGUGUACCAAUCUUCAACAUUCCGGGUAGAACAUUCCCCGUUCAACAUAUGUACAGCAAAACUCCUUGUGAAGAUUAUGUAGAGGCUGCAGUAAAGCAGGCUAUGACCAUUCACAUAACUAGCGCUCCGGGUGAUAUACUCAUAUUCAUGACUGGUCAAGAUGAGAUUGAAGCUACAUGUUAUGCACUCCAAGAGCGAAUGGAACAGUUAGUGACCUCAACUAAACAAGCUGUAGCCAAUCUACUCAUCCUUCCCAUCUACUCCCAACUACCUGCUGAUUUGCAGGCUAAGAUAUUUCAGAAGGCCGGGGAAGGAGAACGCAAAUGCAUUGUCGCCACAAACAUUGCCGAAACAUCAUUAACCGUUGAUGGAAUUUUCUAUGUGAUUGAUACCGGCUACUCCAAGAUGAAGGUGUACAAUCCGCGCAUGGGUAUGGAUGCCCUUCAAGUGUUUCCAGUCAGUCAAGCAGCGGCAAACCAGCGAGCAGGACGGGCUGGUAGAACCGGGCCUGGAACUUGCUACCGACUCUAUACCGAGAGUGCAUACUUGAACGAGAUGCUUCCAAGCCCUGUACCAGAAAUCCAAAGGACAAACCUUGGAAAUGUCGUAUUACUGCUAAAGUCUCUCAAGAUCUCAAAUUUGUUAGAUUUUGAUUUUAUGGAUCCACCACCUCAGGAAAACAUCCUUAACUCCAUGUACCAGCUGUGGGUAUUGGGCGCGCUUAGUAACGUCGGUGACCUAACUGGUCUUGGCUGGAAAAUGGUGGAGUUCCCGUUGGACCCGCCUCUUGCUAAGAUGCUUCUGAUGGGAGAACAACUGGAGUGCUUGAACGAAGUCCUCACCAUUGUGGCAAUGCUUUCAGUACCAUCGGUUUUUUUCAGACCCAAGGAUCGGGCAGAAGAGAGUGAUGCUGCCCGGGAGAAGUUCUUUGUGCCAGAAUCCGAUCAUCUCACACUGCUAAAUGUGUACCAGCAAUGGAAGGCAAAUCAGUACAGGGGCGAUUGGUGUAACGAUCAUUUCUUACAUGUCAAAGGCCUGCGUAAGGCAAGGGAGGUGAGAUCUCAACUACUGGAUAUCCUCACGACGCUCAAAAUCUCCCUCACCUCAUGUGGCCCGGACUGGGAUAUCGUGAGAAAGGCAAUCUGCUCUGCAUAUUUUCACAAUGCAGCUAGACUUAAGGGUGUGGGUGAAUAUGUAAAUUGUAGGAAUGGAAUGCCAUGUCACCUGCAUCCCACCAGUGCACUUUAUGGGUUGGGUUACACGCCAGAUUAUGUUGUGUAUCAUGAGUUGAUAUUGACGACAAAGGAGUAUAUGCAGUGUGUUACGUCAGUUGAACCGCAGUGGUUAGCUGAGAUGGGCCCCAUGUUUUUCUCUGUUAAGGACUCGGAUACUUCCAUGUUAGAACACAAAAAGAAACAAAAGGAAGAGAAAACAGCCAUGGAGGAAGAACUAGAAAAUCUGAGGAAUGUGCAAGUGGAGAAUGAGAGAAGAAAGAAAGAAAAAGAGAGGGAGAAGAGGGCGAUGCAACAACAACAAAUUUCAAUGCCUGGCUUGAAGAAAGGCACUUACCUCAGACCAAAGAAACUUGGUCUUUAAAAGCUGUACCAUUUUUGAUGUAAUAUUAAUAGGGUAGUAGAUAUAUUACACCUACACUAUUCACUAUUCGUCCUACAAACUAACUUCAGCAAGGCUUGUGUAAGGAAAAUUGACAAGAUUAAUCCCUACAUUCACCAAUUAAUCCAAAAUAAUCCCUACAUCAACUUUUUACAUGAAUAAUCUGAA